CUCUUUCUAUAUAAGUAAGUAAUACAAAUAAAGAUCUCUUGAAAUUCUUUAACUUUUGUAUAGUGAACAGUACAGCAGUGAUAUUCUCUCAGGAAGUAUGUCGAAAAGAGCGUUUAUUACAAGCCAACAGAAUUGCUUACCAUGAAACGAAAGAAAUGAAAGCUUUACCGUUGAGUAAACAAUGCAAUGGAGAAAAGCUGGCUUUAAAUAACACGAAAUGUUUUAAAAAAAAAGUUCAAAUAGUAAACACAGAAAGUUAUUACAUAGUUAAGAAAGAAGGGUGUUGAGUAACAGAAAAAUACGAAGAAAAGUAAAAAUAGUCGUGAAUAAAUUAGAGAAGGCUUUCGAAAUUUCUUUUUGGUGAACAAUAAAUACCCGUUUUCGGUCGAUCUUGUUAUGCUGUUCGUUGAAGCCUUUUGCUAAAAUCUUCCAGAAACACCAUUUUUUGAGAUUUCUAUAAAAACAAUGGAGUGUUUUUUAGACACCUUUUUUCUUGGGAUUGAUCGUGGAAGCAUCCAAUAAAGGAACAUGAGGACAUUGAAUUGACUGUUGACCAUAUUCACAGGAAUAAAAAUAAGAAAAUAUCCUUUCCAACUAUGCUUUGGAAGAGGUUUCUUUUCCCUCAUACCUGCUGAAUCUGUGUCCAAGUGGGACAAUUUGAUUAACAUGAACGCAACUUGGGACGUAAUUUGGCUUAGACUGGUCGAAACAGAUAGUAAGAAUCCCUUACAUCAAUUAAAUUGUUUGUGUAUGGCUUCAGGGGUAUCCGGAAUAGUCUGUCUCAAAUUUUAAAAGUCCAUCCAACAUGAAGACUAGAAAUGUGCUUUGGAAUAAUUUCAUAGAUGUUUCAUUGAUAGAAACAUCAAAUAAGCUUGCCUUGAAAAAAGAAUAAUGCUUACUCGCUGUAGGAUCUUGUAAUCGUCAAGUGUCUGAUCUUUUUUCUUGGUACAUUUCCUCAAGAAACAAGGAGCAAAGCAAAAUCCCGUUAACCUUUUAAAAAGAAAUCUUAAACUGGCCAGCAUCAGCCGAUAUGCUUCGAGCCUUUCUUUAGUUUCUCCUUAUGGACGAAUAUCAUAAAGGUCGUUGGCUUUUUCGCAGGGACCAUCCAAUUGGAGUCACUUUUAGUUUUUAUUUUCUUAAAUAUGUUCUAUAAAUCUCUCUUAUUUUGCAAAAUGGCCCAUCGAGAGCUGUUUCGACACUGGUCUCCAAAGUACCACUUUCAACAACUUCGUUUACGCGUCUGAGACCGAAAUGGGAAACUUUCAGAUAACUCUUAUUCAUCUGCCUGCUACCCUUACUAUAUAAUAGAAAAACCACUUCUUUAUAACAAACUUUCUGUCAAAUGACAUAUAUUCGUUAGAACAAUAUUACUAUCCCUUUCAUAUUAUGAGAAUCAACACUGGCUUUCCCUCGCUAGCACUCGGUAUCCCAAAAUGCUUGUCCACACGGGUGUUGGAAUUUGUCGAGUGCCACAAAUCGCGUUUCGUAGUCUUUUUGACAUUUAGAGGAAAUUUACCUCUAACUUUGUUGAAUAACAAAGUUAUUUGUUCUGUUGAGAACAUUGGGAUUUAGCUCUGCAUCCCUAGGGUAUUCUUGGUUUUUUUUCUCGAAUUUUUUUUGACAAAAAAAAAUUGAUUCGUCUCCAGAUUUCACGAAAAUUUGUAUGGAAUUGAUCAUCCAUAGGAAUCUGGAUUGGAUAGAAGAUGUUAAUGGAGCCCGAUCAUUUACGUACGGCAGUCAACCGUUCGAUGACUUCGCGUGAAGGUAGAAGCAAAAACCGGUUUAAUCCCGUGACGGGAGCCAGGCUCGCUGCUGGAGUGAUAGCGCUUUCGGCGGAUAAGCGAUAUGUUCUGAUGGUUUCAUCAGCAAAAAAGCUUCCAUGCUGGGUUGUGCCAAAAGGUGGUUGGGAGGCAGAUGAAUCGAUACAACAAGCAGCGUUGCGUGAGGGCUGGGAGGAAGGAGGAUUAAUUGGGAGAAUCACACAGUCACUAGGUUGCUUUAAAGACAAUCGUCCAACGGAUACGGUCGAUCGAAGGAAGAAGUACUUGGAGCAACAAAUCAUGAAUGCCCACCAGCAGCACAGCGAUGAUGGAACCUCCGAUCCAACUAGUACAUUGACCGCUGAGACAGAACAAAAACUGACUUCCAUCGAGAAGAUAAUGAUUCCUCCCCGUGCGGAAUGUGAGUUCUUCGAAGUUCUUGUGGAGCGGCUGGAAGACUGUUAUCCCGAAAUGGGAAAGCGGCACAGAAUGUGGAUGUCCUAUGCAGAAGCUAAAAGGGCUCUUGCAAGCCGAAAAGAUAUUUUGGCUGCUUUGGAAGAAAGUUCCAUCAUCAAGGAAAUGGAUGAAAGAAAUCAUAUUUAAAGUGUCUUUUUAAUCAUGAUUGUAUCGUUUUUUCUCUUUAGUGUUUUUUCUCUUCAUGAACUAUCAUCCAUGGAAAAGACUGUGUCCUUUUAAUGGAAUCAAUUAAUGAGGGUAAUUUUGAUGUAUGGCUAAUCUAUGUUGUGGAUAACGGUUUGUCCCAAUUAGUUUUGCCGCUGUUAUUUGUUUUAUGGGAUAUAUAUACUCCUUUUUAUAUUCUUAUUUCUCUCUUUCAACGUUCCUAUCAAUAUUUCCUACACUUCUUUUUUAGACUGAACGGAAGAAGCUUCUUUCUUCGUUUACGUCUAUGUGCAUUAGCUUCGUAAAUAAAACAAUGGAAGUCACGGGAGUUUUUGUCAUUUUUAUGAUUGCACCCAUCUCGCAUAAGUUUCUGAAAUCCUUCUUUUACUUUUCUUUCCACGUAUGAUUCUUUCUACUCUUUUCCGAACAGUUUUCAAUUUUUUUCCUUAUUUUUACGUUUUCAUUCUCAUUAUAAUUAAAGAAACUUUAGUUGUCCGUUUUACUAUUCACUGUUUCUUGAUGUUCUCUUCUACCACUCGUUCUUUAACCACAAUAAGGUUGUAAAAAAGGAGCAUGAUCUUCUUUUUGCUUUUUUCUUUUGCUAAUGAAUAUUAAACCACUGUAUCGUUUUUUUGUUCUACGCGUGCACUCAUAAUAGACACGCAGCUUCGAACCCAAUCCUCUAUGGAAACCGCUAGAACAGCAUGUAUACAGUAGCGAAGGUAAAAGAUACAUUGUAAUUUAUAGAUCUUGCGCUAAUAAUUCUCUUGCAUGGGUAUGAAUGGCUUUGAAUGAAAGAAAUGGAAUGGAUAGGAGAUGGAUUUUGUCAAAGUUUUGUAUAGGCAACUAAUCUACCGUUUUUAAUGUAAAAG